AUGUCUUCCUACUCCUAAAAUAGAUUUAUUCCUAACUCUCCUCAUAAUGAUAGAAUUUCAAAAAUUCAAGAAAAGCUUAACAGCAUACAAAUAGGUGUUGAGUCUGAACGUUACAGAAAAUUUGAACAAGCCGAAAGCCAUUUAUGUGUCUUGGAAGAAUAAUUUUUUGAAGUACAAGGAGACUUCGAUAAGACUUUAAAUAGCAUUAGAGAAAAUCUGAUUAGAUUCGAAAAAGUAUUAUAAGAAGAAAGAAUAAAUCAUGACAGCUAAAUUGAUUAAGGCAACUAAGAAAUUGCUUAGAUCGAAAAUAAGUUUGUUUAGGCUAUUGAAAGCGAAACUGAGGCUCGUAAGGAUUAUGAAGCUAAGGUCAUCAGAAACUUAGAAGACAAGUACUCUUUCUUAAAGAACGAAAUUUCAAAGGAACAACUUUCUAGAAACUAAUUUAUCGAUGAACUCUAUCAAACUCUUUAAUCUGAUCUUCCUAAGAUUGAAGGAGCCAUUGAAAAUGAAAAGCAAGAAAGAGAAGAAAACGAUCAAGCCAUGAUGAAGACUGUUACAUAUGAACUUAGCCAAAUUAACGAAAUAGUUAUUACAUAGAAAAAGCAACGUGAAUAAUCUGAAGCUGCUAUAUUCGAUAUGCUUAAGGAUGUAGUUAAUCGUGUUAAAAUUGAAUUAGAUAAUGAAAAAAAGACAAGAGAAGAAACCGAAGAUCAUCUUUUAACAUUAUUAGAAGAAACAUGUUCUAAACUUCAAACUGCUUCCCAAUUUUGA